AUGCCUACAUAUGUGAAGUUUUUGAAGGAUGUGCUCACUAAGAAGCGUAGGCUGGGAGAGUUUGAAACAGCCUGCUUAACCAAGGAGUGUAGUACAAUUUUGACCAGUAAAAUACCGGAGAAAAUGAAAGAUCUUGGAAGUUUCACAAUACCAGUUGCAAUCACAGGUCAAAAGAUUGGGCAAGCACUAUGUGACUUGGGAGCGAGCAUCAAAUUAAUGUCUUUAUCUGUUUACAAGAAGCUAGGCAUGGGAAAAGCUAGGAUUACCACUAUAACUAUUCAACUGGCAGACCGUUCCAUCACUCAUCCAGAAGGGAAGAUUGAAGAUGUAUUGGUACAGGUAGAUAAGUUUAUAUUUCCUGCCGAUUUCAUAAUCCUUGACUAUGAUGCAAAUAAAGAAGUGCCAAUUAUCCUUGGAAGAUCAUUCCUAGACACAGGGAGAACAUUAGUGGACGUACACAAAGGAGAGGUCACCAUGCGUGUGCAAGAUCAGGAGAUCAAAUUCGUAGUGUAUGACUUCAUGAAGUACCAUGCGGAAGUUGAAGAGUGCUAUGUGCUAAAAAUUCUAGAUGAAACACUAUUAGAGACACUAAACUCAGAACCUAUGUUGGAGUAG